CGCUUCCUGCCACCGUGACCAUCCCACGCGUCACCUCCGUCGUGGCGUUCCUUUCCAGUCGACUCUGCCCUCCCCUCCGCUACACGUUGAGUUGUUUCCACACAUUUCUUCACAGCAGCUGCAAUUUCAGUACAGUCGAUCAACACCAAUCUGUGACAACCCAAAGGCCACUCUCGUCUCUUUUCUCCGUUUAGGGCCGUACAGACAUGUUCUCCCCCACCAUAGAUGGCCCGGCGAUCGAAGCCCGCGAAGAAGUACCCUUUCGUCGAGGCCAUGCCGUCUCGGACCGUCGCAGCAGGUCGCGCGCACCUAGAGGAAUGUCUACCGGAGCCCCACGGAUGCGUCUUUCGCCGUCCCUGCCGGACCUUACUUCCCUUCAUUCCACGUCAGACCUCAACCGCCUCCUUGCACCGGACAGCACCGCUCAGCCCCUCACUUCACCGUCCACUAGAGGCUCUCUUUCCCCCACCAGCCCCGUCGACCUUCCCCCGCUUUCUCCUUCAACGGCAAUCUCCCCGUCCUCGAUAAAGCCUCAAUGCAGCCAACUUUCGAGCCCCAGAGUCGGCCAUCCUCCGGAUUUGGAUGCAGUUUCCACAACGCGCCGGUCGAAAGCCGCGGGAAGCAACACCGGCGCGAGGGAGAAUGGCUGCAUCGGCAAAGUGCAGCCAAGAAAAAAUGCAGUUUCCGAAAUGCCACCGUCGCUGAGGCGCACUGGGCACGCGCGGCGGUACUCCUUGGGCGGCAGCGGCGACUACCCUCGCAGCAUCAGCGUGAGCGCCGUGGAGCUCAGCAGGAACGACUCUCUCACCAUACCUCGCGGCCUCGAAUACCCCUCCUCUCAAAGCCUGUCGGAGACCACCGGACGGACGAGAGCAGCGGAGGCUCGCGGGAGAGAGGAAUCAAGGGGGCCGGGGAGGGGUAAGGCUGCGACAAGCAACAGGAAGAACGACCUGGCGAGUGUGGACGAUGCGAGCGCGGGGUACGACUCGGACGAGGAGUUCGUGAAGCUGUAUGGCAUGGUGGCGGAGCACCGCGCGGCGGAGCGAGCCAUCGUGUCGUCCGCCUUCGCCAAGGUGCUCUCCAGGCCCCACAGCGGCACCUGCAAUCCCAAGGUCGCCACUGGCAGCGGCUGUAGCAGCAUCGCCAGGUCUGGCAGCGGUUGUAGCAGCAUCGCCAGGUCUGGCAGCGGGUGUAGUCCCAAGAUCGCGUCUCACAGUGGCUGUCGCAGCAGUAUCAGAUCCAUCGGUGGAUGUAAGAGCAUCGUCAGAUCUGGCAGCGGCUGCAGCAGCAAUAUGCAUUUUGUCAGCGGCAAAACCAUUUGCACCAACAGCGAGACGACAUGUGGUGUGGCAGCAGCCCAUGAGGAUGAGGGGCUUUCUCGUGUGCUUGGUUGCGCUGCUGUAUGUGCAAGUCCCAGGAGAAGAUCAACGGAAAUGCUGAUGCCAAGUGCCAGAGCAGCAGUGCUGGGACCCCAGAGUGGGGCUUGCACCGUUUCGGGAAGUCAGCCUAGAGUAAGCCUUGAUUCUGCAAGAGCAAAUGAUGCUGACUUCUCCAAUGGGAAGAGAUCCCCUACCAGUGCGGGGCUGAACGGCAGCAACGAAUGGUUAAGUUCUGUAUAUAUGCCCAACCAACAGCAGCCACAUCCACUGCAGGCCACAGGCAACAAGAGAGGGUUUUCCCGUUCAGCGAGUGUGAGUGUUUCAAGCAUUUUUACUCCUGACAGCGCCUUGCUUUCUCAUGCAAAAGCAAGCUCCAGAGGCGUGGCGGAGACCGCAUGGCAUGCACGUGAAAAUCCAGGAACAAGUGGGGACUGUCUGAGCCCCCAAGUCAGUAUUCCAGCGGUUAAUGGGGCCAGCAGCAAUGCCGCUAGGCAUUUGAGGCCAGGCCAUAGGAGACGGGUUAGUUCUUCUGCAAUAUCGGUUGAUUUGAAUUCCUUGUGUUAUUGCUGAUACUAUACCCACAUUUCAUG